CUUGACUCCACCAAUCAAGCGUGUCAACCUCUCUUUCAAGUCGUGUAGCUCAGGUCACGUACGAAGUGCAGUUUAGGUACCGUUAAAGCCACAGAAACAAACGGAACGAAUGUUUCGUGAUGGAGCGCGUGAACACAAUCAACAUGAAAGAUAUGACUGAGAAGAUGAGCACUGUAUUACAGAAGAAACCGAUCAAACGCCAGUACAGCGGAACAACCGGGAAGUUGGGAGACCCUCUGAAGGAGAAUAAAUCUGAAAAGAAAAAAGUAUUAAAAGUGGACAAGUGCUUCAAAAGGAGACGUAUCGAAAAUGGUAACAGCGUUCAAGCACAAUUUGGAAACGUGGCACUUCAACGGCAUGACAACAUUCCACAACAUAAUAAUAAUAAUAGUUCUACAUCACUCAGACGACCAUCAAUUCAAAAUUCAGACCAGUAUCUUCAGGACUUCAGAAUUGACCAGAAGAACGGUGGAACAUUAGUUGCUCCAAACAUACUAGGAUCCAAAAUAGCUGGUGAUGUUACAGUGAACCUACAUGUGGUCUCACAGGUGUCUCACUGUACCUCAAUAAACAAAAAGGAAACUCUUCAGAGUGUAAAGAAUAAGAUGAAAUCAAGAAUGAUGAAGGACUCUGAGAGGAUUUUGGAGGGAAGCUUACAACAGUCAGUCUCUCUUAAUAAGAUCUACACUCAACUGUUCAUCAUCAAUGACGAGUCAGACCCCAUCAAUAAAGAACACGAGAUCUGGCAGAUUGAGACGACGAAUGAUUUAAGCACAUCAGGGCAGACAGUCAUAAACUACAAUGAAAUUCUUAAACCGCCCUUGGAUGAAAAUAGAACCAUGAAGAUCGUUUUAACAAAAGGAAUUGCUGGAAUCGGGAAAACAGUCACUGUGCAGAAGUUUGUCCAUGACUGGGCAAGUGGAAAAGCCAAUCAGGAUCUAGAGCUUGUUUUUCUGCUCCCAUUCCGAGAGCUGAACUUGCGUGAGGGAGAAAACCAGAGUCUUUUUGACCUGCUUUGUGCCUUUUACUCAGAGUUCAAAGAGGCAAGAUCAAUCUCUGACUGGAUCUGUGAUAGAAAAGUUCUGUUCAUCUUAGAUGGUUUGGAUGAAUAUAAAAAUGAACUGCGCUUUCAAACCAACAUUUUGUCAGAUGUUACUAAAAAAGCCACACUGGAAGUCCUCCUAGCAAACCUUCUAAGAGGAAAACUGCUUCCAUCCGCACACCUGUGGAUCACCAGCCGGCCUGUGGCAGCUGAACAGCUUCCAUCUGAGAUCUUCAGACAGGGAUAUGUCACGCAGAUCAGAGGAUUCACAGAUGAACAAAAGGAGGAGUACUUCACGAGGCAGUUUGAGGAUCCAGAUCUAACCCAAAAAGUCAUCCGUCACCUAAAGUCUCAUAAGAGCCUAUGGAUAUUGUGCCACAUACCUCUAUUUUGUUGGAUUUCAUCGGUUGUUCUGAAAACCUUCAUUAAAAGUCCAAAUAAAGACAGGGACAUGCCCUCAAAUCAGACAGAAAUGUAUAUCCACUAUCUGCUCAUUCAGACUGGGUUAAGCCACAACAAAUAUCAAGGGAAAAAUGUGUCACCAGAAAAUGCUCUCAUACAGUACAAAGAACUGAUUAAGAAACUGGCAGCGUUGGCAUACUGGAAGCUGAAGGAACAGAAUGCCAUCUUCAGAAAAGAAGACUUGAGGAAAUAUUAUAUCACUCCUGAUGAAGCUCUUCGAUAUCCUGGCAUCAUUACCUGUGUCUCUGAGUGCAAAUUUGGAUAUAACAGAACUAAAUUUUUCAGCUUUGUCCAUCUCAGUGUCCAGGAAUUCUUUGCAGCCUUGUUUGUUUUUCAUGAAUUUCUAUCAGGAAACCAAGACUCCCUGGUAUUAAUUCAAGCGAAAAGGGGGCAAAAGUCUAAUUUGUCUGAUUUUCUCAAAAGCGUGAUUGAUGUGACUGUGCUAAGCAAAAAUGAACACUUGGAUCUUUUUAACUGUUUCCUCUUCGGAAUUUCUUGUGAUUCCAGCAGACGUAUACUCGAAGGAUUCCUGCCUCGAUUGGAAGACAGUAGUUUAGAAGAUCACAAAAAAGUGACCAAGUACAUUAAGUCUUUGAGGAGGAAAGAUCUGUCCCCUGAGAGAUGUUUUAGUCUUGUUCGUUGCAUCGUGGAGCUCAAGGACAGGUCUUUUUUGCAGAUGCCAGAUCUCGAGCGCUCUCGAACCAAAAAACCCCUCACACUGUUCCAGUGCACGCUUCUGGCUUUCCGGUUUGUGAUGUCAGAUACAGACCAUGAUGAGUUUGUCCUCAGGAAAUUCAACAUCACUUUAGAAGGAUUUCAGAGAUUCUCUCCAGCCAUCAAAUGCUUCAGAAAGGCUAUGCUCGAAGGAGGCGGCUUUACAGAGAAACACUGUGAUAUCCUGGUGCCUUUCCUGACCUCACCAAACUCUCACCUGACUCAUCUUGAUCUGAGCCACAAUAGCCUGGGACGGUCUGCACUGAAGGAACUUUCUAGGGCCUUCUGUGAUCCCAAAUGCCAGAUUCAAAUGCUGAACCUCAGCCACAAUGACCUCCAUAGUCAGGACAUGGAGUUCAUCAAGGGUGUGCUUUCAGGAUCAAAUGUGAAUCUGAAAAUCCUGGACCUCAGUGACAAUCAUCUAGAAGACGAAGGAGUAAAAAUCCUCUCGGCUGGGCUGCGGAGUGCUAAGUGUCAUCUUGAAGUUCUGAAACUCUCAGGCUGUCAGAUUAAAGAAGGAGUUUUGAAGUUGCUGUCGUCUUUGAAAGCCAGUCUGAGAGAACUGGACCUGCAGUAUAAUGACCUUGGAAACAUCAUGGAAAAGAAAGUGUGUCUACUGAAGGAUAAGCUGCCCUCACUGAGGUAUGUAGCUUUUAUCUAGUAUUGGUUCAAGUGGAAGGCUGGAAUGAACAUCACUGGAUCCCAUGAAACAUGUAGUGAGGACUUUGAUUCUUCUUAGCCAUUCAGUGAAUAGUUCACUGUUGUGUUCAAGUAUACUUCCUUUAGGCGACUUUGAUACACAAGCACCGUAGGUGGAGACUAAUGUAAAGGUAAAAAUGAGAAUG